CCAUACGCUCAAAAUAUCGCGGAUGAUAUAUAGAAAUGCCAGCUAAAUUGUUGUCACCAAAAGUGUUCAAGACACUUGCAAUAUUUGCAAUGACUUGCGAAUUAUUACAUUUGAUAACCGGAGCGAAAGCAUUUGAUCCCGAAUCACAGUUCGCGAAAGAUCAUAAGUGCAAUAUUAUAGACAGAAUUGUGAAACGAGAUGGGUUUGCUCCUUAUAAACUGGAAAUUAUCGAAUGUGUCAACACCUCACCAAGUAUUUUCGUUGACGGAAAAUGUUGGAAGUUUUGCAAAGAUCCACGAAGUAAACGAAGUCUUACUCUAAAGAAGUAUCACCCAGUACCCAUUGAAUCACUCGUUGAAUUAACAGUCAGAAAAGAUGAUAAAGAAUACAGCCACACUGUCAGAGUAACUCAGGCAUGCAGGUGCGUAAAGACAAAAAAACAUGAUGGUUAUUUACAAAAUGAUCACUCAGGAAACGAAGUAGACAGCACCACACCAACUGUGGAGAUCAAUCGCUAAUUCUGCAAGAAUGUGAUCAAACAGGGCGUACGAAUGAUACGGCAUAUGGCAUUAUCACUGAGUAUAUUAAAAACACUGUAAUCAAUAUUAUGUUAUCUCGUCAAAACUUUUUUUUACAUUAACUAACAUUUGACAAGUCACAAAAGCGUCACCUGCCUUUUGUGAUGUAUCUAAACAGUCUAGAACUUUGACACCUAUUUUUUAUUUUUGAAUCGUUGAUUUGACUAUUUUAUUUAUUUAUUGUGACGUGCCUCAAACGUAAUAGUCACAUAUUGAAUUUCGAAAUAUGUUGCAAUAUACCAAUUUUUAAUAAUGCGGCGUUUCAACCCUCAAACUCUGUAUAAGGCUCAAUUAAAUGUCGGAUCGGGUUUUGCCCACCAAAUUUAUUGCAGAUCAAGUGAAGUGCUUCCAAAUUAUGGUUCCAAAUGUACUAAACUAUACUAUAAACUUUUGUCACUAACAGUAGUAGUAAUUAGAUAAAUUUAUAUAUAUUAAUUCAUUAUUGGAUAAAUUCAUUUAUAUAUUUACGGAAGAAAGUUAUUUAAAAACUUUUGUAUACUUUAUGUUUACAUGGAUCAUUUUUAUCGUGUUGUUCUAUCAUUUUAUUCUACAGCCUACAGUUUGUUUAAUAAUAGCGAGAUUGGUAA